GUGGACAGUGCUGUUCUCUGUGGUUUAUCCAACAUGAGCGUUCUGGUGCUCAGCAACAAUGUCAUCUUCACUAUUAUGGAUAAUGCCUUCCAGAACCUCACUGUUCUUAGAACUCUGUUAAUGGACCAUAACCGUAUCACAUCCCAGUCCUUGGACAGAUCCACUUUCUCCUGGCUAAGUAAACUGGAGAUACUCCAAUUGGGCAAUAAUGCCCUGAGGGUCAUUGAUGGCUCCUGGUUCCAGAACUCCAAAGCUCUGAAAGCCCUCUUUCUGGAGGGGAAUCUUCUCACCAGUCUGAACUCAACUAGUUUUGGUUCUUCUGACCUGAGGAACUUGGAGACCUUGGGUUUGUCAGACAACCUCAUAACUUAUGUGGGUCAGGACAGCUUCCACAACCUGCCUCGUCUCCGUAGCCUGGAUCUAUCUCGCAACAGAUUGCAGAAUGCACCUAAUGCUUUCUCCUAUCUUUCCUGGCUCUCAUUGCUAAACUUGGACCUUAAUCGCUGGAACUGCACAUGUGAGCUCAGAGAACUGGCUUCUUUUCUCAACAGUUACAUACAGUCUCCAAGCAAAGUGUUGUACAAUGGGCAGAGGAUGAUUUGUGAAAGGUCAGACAACCCAGCAAUAUGGACAGUGCUGGAGCUAACUGAAGCCAACUGUGCACCAGCUAACAGCAAUAUUUCAGUACAAGUUGUUGCUAAGGGUUCCAGCACACCUCAGCACUAUAUCAGAGAUGUUGCCAUCACUGCAGCCUGUUCCUUUCUGGGUGGUGUUGGUAUUAUGCUUGGAGUACUGGCACUUGUAUAUAGGAAACUGAAUAAGAGAAUUACAUGUUGGCAGGUAAAGACCGCAACUGAGGGCCAGGCUGCACAGGCAACUGCCCAGUGGGACUAUUCUGAAGACAAGGAAGCUCUUUCAAUGUGUUAUGCACUCCAUAACAGCAACUACAAAGACCAUCAGCCCUGGAACAAAGAUGUUUCAUAUGAUAUUCCAGUCAACAACCAGUUCAUAUGUCGCAACUGCUGUUCAGCAAAUCUUGAAACAGGUUACCAGGAGAGUAGGUGGAGGAGAAAGACUUUGCUGCAGAGAUCCAAUCAAAUGGGAAUUCAACAUAACAGAAAAGAUGAUUGGUCAUCCCAUGCUAAGAGUGACCAAUUGAAAGACACUGCGAGCCUGUCAAGGAUCAAAGAUGUUCAAAGAUUUACUGAAAAAGAUGACUCAAACACCUACCAUUUUCAAACUCAAGAAAAUGAUCCUCAACAUGGAGUUUCACAAGAUCUGCCAACCAUGAGAAUUCAACAGUCAGCUUUCAGGAGACACUUAUCAGUUGCCCAAAGUCAAACAUUUACCCCUAAAGAACAAAUGCACAACAACAUGGAAGUUCAUGGGAAUCAUGUAAAUAAUCAUUCAGCGUUUAAGCAUCAACUCAAGGAAUAUGGUACUUUGCCGGUUUACCAAACCAUUAAUUGCUUGCACUGUCAUCAAACUUAUGAAUACAGACAAGCUGUGAAUAAAGACCAGGAUAUUAUCUUUAGAAAACACAAGGAGGGAAUGCUGCCCAGAGGAGAUCAAAUAUCUGAGGCAAUUCAGUACAAAAAUCCUUUAAAUUCUAACAUAGAUCUGCAGGGUGAGGGUCAAGCUAGAGAACAGAGAAAUGUAACAUUUGCUUUAUCAGGGCCCAUGAACAAUGCCCUCAUUGUACCCAGUAAAACUCCUGACAGACCAUCUAGAAUCAACAGCAUAAAAACAUGUAGGAAACUAGAACAGAAAGGCCAUCCAAGGCAAGGCAAGGCAUCUGACAAUGUAAACAGAAUUAGCACACAUAGAUAUGGGAAAAGCCACAAAUCCAGAUCUCAGUCUAAUAGGAAAUUAAAGGUGAAACUAAAUCUGAACCCUCUUAGGAAAAGUCAGGUUUAUCCUAAAUCCAGUUCCAGCCAUGGGAACUAUGAUACAGACACAGUCAAAAAAGACAAGCUGGCAACGAGUAAAGUAAAAAAGGAUGGUAGUAGUCAAUUAAAACAGAAAUCCAAGGACAAAACUACCAAGAAAUCCACACAUAAUGGAAGCAAGCCAAAGAAAUCUGAAUCAUCAAAACAGUCACAGGAAAACCACCAGGGAUCCAGUUUCAUUCCUGAAAACAACAGUGAUGAUAAUAAGGAAAAUUCAAAUGAUCAUUGUGAAGCAGCAGUCAAUGAGUCCAUAUUUCCUGGGGCUACAAACACUACAACAACAAUGGAAGAGUCCACCAGUCAACAGGAAGGGGGGGAUCUCUCUAAUAACUCCAUGACCCCGCUGACAUCAGGCCCUGCUGUAAUACAGGAGUACCUAUCAUCAGGUGAUGGUUCACCAAAAAGGAGAAUUAGACUGAUUAUACCUGAGAAAACCUCCAGCAGGCCUCAAACUGCACUUCAAAAGAAAAUAAGAUAAUACAUCUGCCAUCUUCUACUGUUAGUAUUAAAAGACAAAGUUGUUAACUAUGCUAAGGUGCAUCAUUCUAAGCCAAUGUACAUGUCCUGUCCUACAGUGUGGUAUAUAAAGGAAGUAUCCUUAAACACU